AUGCAGCUGGACGAUGAAGCUGCGUUCCAGUACUUUGCGACAUUGUAUGCAGAGCCACAGGACGCUGUGGACGAGGCACUGCACCUCUUCCGACAGUUAUUGAAGGCUGAGCAUGGAUCCGCCAUCCAGGGUGCUUCCAAUGCCGUAUACAGGAAACACCAGACACGUGCCAAUGCAUGGAGCAGGUUUACAGAUGUCGUCAUCUCAUGGUCAAAAAAGCAUCAGGGACGAUACGCGCACGACGCGAGUGGUGUGUACACAGGACCAUUGCGAAACGGCAUCGCAGCUCUGCUACUAUGGCUCUUUGAUACGUCUCCUACGUCUCCUAUGUCCCUGCGCAGUGCGCAUACCUACUAUGACAUGCCAGACGAGCCACUGUGGCCGGACUGGGACUAUGACAUAUCAAAAGCACAGGCGGCUACAUAUGCCGCGCGUGACCCACCAGUCCUUAACGGGUGGGAGCAGGCGAUGUGGGGCCCCUUCAUCGGACCUGUGCAUGAUGUACCGUCGGAACAUGUACAGCACAUCCUGCAUCGUGUGCAUGCGAACCGCACACGCACGGCGUUGGCCGAUCUUGUAUAUGGCAGCACAGGCGGCGACUUGGAACCGGCCCCGAUGCCACCCUCUGAACUGCUUGUUGCUCAGCGGAAACAUGCAGUGCGCCUCUUGCAGUGGGUCGGUCUGGUAUUAGAUGCACAGGAUGCCAAGUCGCUGAUCCACGCGAGCUUUGCGCACCAGCAGGGCCAUGUGGCUUCGGCAACACAGAUGGAUGCCCUUUGGAUCCUCGGUGAACAUGCCAUGUGGGGCACACAUGGUGCAGCACCGAACAUGACACUGGCGAUUACAUGCUUUGAGCGUCUCGCAGCGAUGGGUAAUGCUACGGCUCAUGCGAGACUUGGAUACCUGCACAGCAGUCCUCUGCUAGCAUACAUGUACAAUACCACAACCUCUGCGCCCCAAGCAUUGGUCCACUACACCCUUGGUGCACAGGAAGGCGAUCGACAUGCCCGUCUUGCGCUUGCCUACCGCAACCAAUAUGGCGUGGGCGUAGCACAAAAUUGCCUGGUAUCGCUGGAAUGGUACGAUCUCGUGGCGACUCGAACAUACGAGCGCUUCCAGAUGGGCCCUCCUGGCGGCCGAACUAUGCCAUAUACCAAGGUACGCCUCAGUGAUCUUGCGCGGAUGGAUGCCCCUGGUUUACGGUACCCUGCCUCGUACGUCUUGAAAAACGGCUUGGUAUACAAACUGGCCCGACCUGCUAUUCGUAUUCUUCUCGAUACACAGCCACGCCUUUUGUAUGACCCAGACGCGGCGCGUGAAUUGGUGGAGCUGUACCGAUUUUAUACCGAAGAUGACGCGUUGACGAAACGCCUUGUCGUGGCACGUGCGCUGUUUUUCGGCAGCUUUGUUGGCAACCGCGAAGCGCUGGGCGCCGUCCCUGUGGACCCAGCCACGAGUGCGCAACUGGCGUAUGACAUCGCCUCAAAGAGGUGGCCUACGCCGCCGACAUUGAACGAUAUCAACGCGAGUGCAUACGUUAAUGGUGAGCUGCGAGCGACAUACCGUCACCGUGAUCAGACAGCGACAGCACGAAACGCUGCUCUAUUUGCUGCUAGUUUGCUGGGGUACCAAUAUCUACGUGGCGAAGGUGUGCCGCAAGACUUUGUCCAGGCCAAGGUAUGGUGGACACGCGCCGCUCUCGAACAGCAUGGGCCGGCGCAGUAUGGACUGGGUCUCAUGUAUGCCAAUGGCUACGGUGGCUUGCAUGUCAAUCAGACACAUGCUCACCUUUUAUUCAACACGAGUGUGUUUGAGACGAUGUCGUCCUGGGUCGAGCGUGGGAAGAUGGAAAUGGAAGCAAAGGACUUGGAGGCGGCCAAGCGGACGUUGAUGCAUGCGCUCUAUAUGGUCAUUGAGUCUACAGACCGCGGACCUGUAUACCUCGAUACGAAGCUUGAGGCUGGGUACUUGUAUGCGGGCCUGUUAGCCGACGAAGUGUACCAUGGCCAUAACACGACGUCAAGCUGCGAAAAGGCCGUGCCGAUCCUACAGGAAGUCGCGGAAUUGGGCGAUUGGGACGAUCCAAUGCACCACCGUGCUGAUGCUGCCUUUGAUCGUGGAGAUACCGCUACCGCUCUCCUUGCAUGGAGCGCUGCAGCAGAGACAGGAGCUGAUGAGGCCAUGGAUAACAUUGCCUUUGUCCUUGAUCAAUUCACCUCGUGGCAUCAUACCCCCUCACCUCAAGAGGCUGACCAGAUCGCGCUUCAGUACUGGUCACACAGCGCUUUACAGGGCAGUGAGUAUGCACAGUUCAAAGUAUGCGACUACUACUUCCACGGCCUUGCGCCUGGAGGUCUGUCACGAGCAGUGUCCUGUUUCCGCGCAUUGACAGAAGAAAACGUGCCGAAUGUACUGGCUGUUUGGCGUCUCGCAUCAAUGUACGAAAACGGGAUCGGUGUGCCUGUCGAUUUCCCUCUGGCCAAGCGGUACUACGACAUGGUGCUGGCUGAUACGGUUCAAGCACGUAGCUUGUCGCCCAGCCUUGCAUUGCUUCGACAAGUAUACCAUAUUCGCGACGCCAACCUUGCUAUUUCGUUGGAGCUUACGCGUCUGCAUGCUAAGGCCUUAUGGGCGAUGCUGCAUGGCGACUUGACGGCGCGUCGUUUGUUUGCCGCGUACCUUCCCACCCUGCCGCGCUGGCUGCAUAUUCGCUCAUGGACAUGGGACGACGAGUUGGUCGAUGUGCUCCUAGAACUCACGAUCUUUGCGCUUGGCGUGCUCCUCCUGGUCGUCCUCUCCUUCUGGCGUCGCUACGUUCAACGUCGCCUCAAUACGACAGAGCAGCAGCUGCAGCAGCUCCGUGCGAUGGCACACUCGUAG